CCGGGCACCUCCGACGCGAUGGCCGCCGACCACGCCGCUGCCGGAGAGCCCGCGGCAAGCACCUCGCCGGCCGCCCCCGACGCCGAGGCGCGUGCCCUCCUCCGCCGCUCAUCAUUCAUCUCCGCCAUCUCCGAUGACAACGAGGGCCUCGAGGAGCGCGCGUUCGAGCCGGCCGAGAAGGUCAUCGUCUCCAUCUCCGGCGACCCCGACGCCGACGCCGAGCGCCUCUUCGCCUCGGGGGGACGCGCGCCGCCCUUCUCGUGGCGCAAGCUGUGGUUGUUCACGGGGCCCGGGUUCCUCAUGAGCAUCGCGUUCGUGGACCCGGGCAACCUCGAGGGCGACCUCCAGGCCGGCGCCACCGCCAGCGGCACUCUGCUAUGGCUGCUCUUCUGGGCGACGGCCAUGGGUCUCCUCGUGCAGCUGCUCGCCGCGCGCCUCGGGGUGGCCACGGGGAGGCACCUCGCCGAGCUCUGCCGCGACGAGUACCCUGACUGGGCGCGCCGCGUUCUCUGGCUCAUGGCCGAGGUCUCUAUGGUCAGCGCCGACAUCCAGGAGGUCAUUGGGAGCGCCAUUGCCAUCAAGAUCCUCAGCCGCGGCUUCUUGCCGCUCUGGGUCGGCGUUGUCAUCACCGCAUUGGAUUGCUUUAUUUUUCUUUCCCUCGAGAACUAUGGGGUGAGAAAGUUGGAAGCUGUAUUUGCAGUUCUAAUUACAACAAUGGCCUGCUCCUUCGCAUGGAUGUUUGCAGAAACCAAGCCCAGUGGGAAAGACCUAAUCAUUGGUAUUCUAGUUCCAAAGCUGAGCUCAAGAACAGUAAAACAAGCUGUUGGUCUUGUUGGAUGUGUUAUCACACCCCAUAAUGUGUUCCUCCAUUCUGCUCUUGUGCAAUCAAGAAAAAUUGACCCACACAAGGAAUAUGAAGUCUGUGAAGCGUUGAGGUACUAUUCCAUUGAAUCCACCAUGGCAUUGGUAGUGCCCUUCAUGAUAAAUUUAUUUGUAACAGCAGUUUUUGCAAAAGGAUUUUAUGGUACCAAAGAAGCAGAUAAUAUUGGCCUUGAGAAUGCUGGAAAAUAUCUACAAGAGAAGUUUGGGGGAGGGUUUUUCCCUAUCCUUUAUAUUUGGGGUGUUGGGCUGUUAGCCGCUGGCACGAGUAGUACCAUAACUGGAACUUAUGCUGGACAAUUUAUAAUGGGCGGAUUUCUGAAUUGGCGGUUGAAAAAAUGGAUCAGGGCAUUGAUCACUAGAAGCUUUGCGAUUGUGCCAACUAUAAUUGUUGCUUUAUACUUCAACACUUCUGAGUCUGCACUGGAUGUUCUCAAUGAGUGGCUCAAUGUGCUCCAAUCAAUUCAGAUCCCUUUUGCACUCAUCCCACUGAUAACAUUGGUUUCCAAGGAGCAAGUCAUGGGGGUGUUCAAGAUAGGUCCAAGAAUGAAAAUUGCAACCUGGACAGUUGCUUCCGUACCGAUCAUAAUCAAUAGCUAUAUGUUGUUGGAUUUCUUCUCUUCAGAAAUGGAAGGCGUGUUGUCUAUCUCCAUUCUCUGUGUGGCCGUGGUUGCUUAUGCUAUGUUCAUACUGUAUCUCAUUUUCCGAGGCACAGAAUUUCCUGACCGUUUUGCAGUCGGGGUACACAAGAACAGUUUAACAUGGCGAAAAACUGGAUGAGCAAUUAUACUCCAUGGUAUCUUGUUGGCACUUAGGAAACUCACAGAUUGCAGAGCAGAUUGUACAGAGGAACGGAAAGUUUCAGUCGUUGCCAAGAACUGCGAAAACUGCUGUAUCGUUUAUUCAUAGAACUCUGACUGCAGCUAGAAACUGUCACGGAGAUGAAUAACCGCCGUCUUUAUAGCUGAAUAUCCUAACAAUUUCUUGUUUCAUGGUAUGUGAAAAGACAAAUAGUGAGAAAAUCACAGGAGCUAAACAAGGCACGAGAGAUCAGAAGUAGAGUGAUGGUACUUACGUUCGUGUAAGAUAUAUAUGAAGUCAAUUUUGUCAUGUAAUUAGAGUAGUAACUCUCUUCAGUUAUACUACGUAUCAAAGUUCUGUUCUGAUUUCACAGACGUCAGACGGCGAAGGAUUAGAUCAUUCUAGAUCAUGUGGUUGAGCGGAACAUGAUGAUUUACGGGGACCAGGUGAAGGUCACCAGGAACAUGUAAUUCUGAUAGAGUAUGCCGUAUUGUCCGUCCAUUUGCUGUCAGACGAACAGUAAAAACCGUUGCAACUCAGAUGUU